AUGCAGUCGACAUUGCUCUCACUGAUGUUUGGACUGGUCUUUUGGGGCAUCUCCUCUGUUUCAGCUUUAUGCUUCAACGUGCCUGUCUUUCCUAAGAGGGAAAAGAUUAUGACGACACCGAGGAAAGAAAAGAAGAGACAGGCUAGAAGCGAGGAAAAAGCAGAAAAGGCGGCAGUUUUGGAAAAGAGUAUUGAGAAAAAGCUAUUAGAACGCCUAAGGAAAGGAGUGCAUGGUGAUAUCUACAAUUACCCUGUCAAAAAGAAUGAGAAGGAACCUGAGAUAGAGUAUGUGGAAGAUUAUGAUGAACUUGAGGAAGAACUAGAAGAUGAUAUUGAAGAUUUUGGUGGUCUUGCUAUAAAUAGAGUUCGUGCAAUUGGUGACAAUGGCGAAGAUGAGAAGUUCCAAGAGGAUUUAUCCUGGAUCCAAGUAGUGGAGCUAAUUAUACUUUUGGUUCAGAUGAAGGCAGUGACGAAGAUGAAGAUGAUGAUGCAGAAGCUGAUAGGAAGAGGGGAAGAAGAAUCCUCCUUGGCUUUAAGAAAGUUUAAGAAAGUUGAUGCUGGUUCUAAGCCCAAGAAAAGCGCUAAGGUUCUUGUUGAGUUGAGAGCAGCCUUUUGA